AUGGAAGAGAAAAUAGUACGAGUAGAAGUCAAUUCAGAUGUGAAUGAGUUUAACGCAAACGAGUGCAGAACAAUUGAAGAAAUAAAGGACAAGCUUAAAACAAAGUAUGAAAUAGAGGACGUUCAGUUAUUCCACAAGGAGCGCAUUUUAACAGACUCGGAUGUUUACAUGGAGCUACUGAAAGGAGGAAGUGUAGAUAUAAAGGCGAUAGUCAGCAAACAUAUAAAAAUUUUAGAAAAAACAAAGCACGAAGAUUCGAAAACAGAGGAAAGCAUGGAGAACAGGGCUGCAGAAGAAAAGGACGGAGAGACAGAGCAGGUGGAACAGGCAGAAAAUACAUGCGAAGACGGAACCAUGAACAGGUCAGAGUGCAGCAGCAUAGAUAGAGAAGAAGAAGUGCAAGUGAGCGAAGACAGGCAAACAACAAACACUGAAGAAGCAGAUGGUCAGAUAGAAGAAAAUGUUGAAUCGCAGCACACCUCAGCACAGGAGGCAGUUAAGGAAGAGGAGGGGGACAACUCCGCUGACAACUCAGUAGAAAUAAGCUAUGUAGAGCUGGAUGACGAGGCCAUGCAAAGCAACAAAGAGCAUGAAGAUGAGGCAAACAGUGAAAACAAUGAAGCACUGGAGACAUCUGGUGCUCUAGCUGCAAGUACCAAUGAGCAAUGCACAGUUUCAAGCAAGGAAGCAGAUGAGGCUCAGGAAGAACAAGAAGUGAAGGAGGCUAGCGCAACAGAGGAAACAAAAGAAUGCAAAAAUAAAAAACAGGAAAUAAUAGAGGAAACCGUCCAGAACAGCCAAAGUACAGGCCAUCCAGCAGAAGAGAGCAGUCUUGUUAGAGUAAAGGUAGUGGGGAAGAACAAUGAGUAUAUUUUGGUGAACAGAAACUCCCUGGUCAAUGUAAAUGGCGCACUCUACUACUUGAAAAAGAAGGAGAAGGCGCAGUAUAAUGUAAGCUCGCUGAUUCAAAAGAUACUUCCUCGGAUUUACGUUAUCUUCAGCUAUCUUUUGAUUGCAGGGUUCCUAACCUUCUACAUGAACAAAAUUUUCAUUAUCAUCCUGCUGACGAUGGCUGUCCUGUUUGGUCUGGAGAAGGUGAGGCUGAGGGUUGAGUUCAGAAGAAACGACAAGUUCAAGAACUUCUUGAAACAGAUUUUGUGUUUUUUCAGCUCGCUAAUACUGAACCCGGGGCACAACAUGAAUGUCUAUGAGCGCGAGAACGAAUAA